AUGGAAGGCUCCAAUGGCUUUGGGAUCGACUCCAUUCUCUCCCACCGAGCGGGCAGCCCCGCCCUUCCCAAGGGGGACCCCUUGCUCGGGGACUGCCGCUCUCCCCUGGAGCUGAGUCCUCGCUCAGAGAGCAGCAGCGACUGCUCUUCACCAGCCUCGCCAGGAAGGGACUGUCUGGAGACGGGAGCCCAGCGGCCUGGCGGGGCUUCGGGACCAGGUUUGGACUCCCACCUGCAGCCUGGGCAGCUCUCGGCCCCAGCCCAGUCUCGCACCGUGACCUCCUCCUUUCUGAUCAGGGACAUCCUUGCCGACUGCAAACCGCUUGCGGCCUGUGCACCCUACUCUAGCAGCGGGCAGCCAGCCGCUCCUGACCCUGGGGGCCGUCUUGCGGCCAAGGCUGGGGAGGACUUUAGAGACAAGCUGGACAAAAGUGGCAGCAACGCCUCAUCGGACUCUGAGUAUAAAGUGAAGGAGGAGGGCGACCGGGAGAUCUCCAGCUCCAGGGACAGCCCUCCGGUGCGCCUGAAAAAGCCACGCAAGGCGCGCACGGCCUUCACCGACCACCAGCUGGCACAGCUGGAGCGCAGCUUCGAGCGGCAGAAGUACCUGAGCGUGCAGGACCGCAUGGAGCUCGCAGCCUCGCUCAACCUCACCGACACGCAGGUCAAGACCUGGUACCAGAACCGCAGGACUAAGUGGAAGCGACAGACGGCCGUCGGGUUGGAGCUGCUGGCCGAGGCGGGCAAUUACUCGGCGCUCCAGCGGAUGUUCCCGUCGCCUUAUUUCUACCCGCAGAGUCUGGUUUCCAACCUGGAUCCCGGCGCCGCGCUCUAUCUGUACCGCGGGCCCAGCGCACCGCCACCCGCGCUGCAGAGACCUCUGGUCCCUCGCAUCCUCAUCCACGGACUCCAGGGCGCCAGCGAGCCGCCGCCGCCGCUGCCCCCGCUGGCCGGCGUCCUCCCGCGCGCCGCGCAGCCUCGGUGA